UUCAAUCGGGAUCGAAGUUCCUAUUAUUCGUAAACAAUAUGAUUAGAAAAACUUGAGAGAGAAAAAAAGGGCUAUGGACGCAAUAUUUCACGAAGAACAAGAGGGGUCAUUAUGUGCUCAGCAUUGUUUAAAUGCAUUGCUACAGGGACAGUAUUUUAGUGCAGUUGACUUAGCAGACAUUGCGCGUCAGCUUGAUGAAUCAGAGCGAUUACAGAUGGCAGAAGCUGGAACCCAGAGUAUAGAGUAUCAGAGAUUUAUACAGCAAGCUUCUUCCAACUUUGAUGACAGUGGAUUUUUCUCCAUACAAGUCAUAGACAAAGCAUUACAAGUAUGGGGGUUAAAUGUAGUGCAGUAUAAUUCUCAGGAUACUAUUGCAAGGGAAGCUCGACAGAACCCAGUGGCACAGAAUGCUUAUAUCUGCAAUUUUCGUGACCAUUGGUUUUGCAUCAGGAAGAUUGGAAAACAGUGGUUUAAUCUGAAUUCUCUCUUGACUGGUCCUGAACUUAUUUCUGACACUUAUCUGUCUCUGUUCCUUACACAGCUCCAACAAGAAGGAUACUCUAUAUUUAUUGUAACUGGUCGACUACCAGAGUGUGAAGCAGAUGAUAUCCUUAACUUGGCCCCAGCAGUACAACUCAUCAAACCUCGCCUAAUUAAUGAAAAUCAAUCUAUUAGCAAGUCUGACGCCCAGACAGAUGACCCUGAGUUACAGCGAGCUCUGAUGGAGAGUCGCUGUGAGGAUGAGAAGGACGAUAAAAUGUUACAGAGAGCACUACAGAUGAGCUUAGAGGGAUAUAUAAUAGAAGAUGACAAUACUCCAGGACCAAGUGAAGAGAAGUUAGAAACCGUGUCCAAAGAAGUUAAACCUCCCUCACAAGAGGAGGUGAGACAGAAGAGACUGGCCUUUCUACAGCGAUUAGACCAGACUGCCAAUGCCGAUUGUGAGAAUCCUAACCAAACAGCCAAUACUGAUCUCGAGAAUCCGAACCAGACUUGUGUAACGGACCAACUUCAGCCAAUGGAAAAAGGAGGUUUAGUAGAGGAAAAACUGACAGUGGAAGAAUGUUCAGAAGAUGAAAUGCCAGAGGAUGAAAUGCUAAAACAGGCAAUAGCUAUGUCAAUGGAAGGUGGUCAAGGAUAGAAGGCUUGUCUUUUGAAUAAUAUAGAGGAAAUCCAAGCAGUGGUGCUACUGGCCACCAAAAUGAACAGUCAGAGGAGUCUAUAGUCACAGUGCCAUCUCUAUUUUACAGUAGAUUCUCCAUAAUUGAAGCAUGUGUACUUAUUUAGUUCCCCCUGUGAGGUCAUCUAAUGCCAUCUCACUGUAAGAAGCUGAUAUUUAUACAUCAGCUGAAGGACAUUGUGUUCUGUAGUCAUGGCUACAGAAGUCUAUGGUGCUUCCUGUGUGUUGUUUUGCUGCCUUUUUUGGUGCUGUAUAAACAAAUCUAAAGGAAAAAAAAGAUGUACUGUAUGUAAUUUUUCUCAAAAUAUGAAUCAUAGCCAUGUAGUGGUUUACAUUACAGAUGCUGUACAUAUACAAUAUUGUAUAGGAUUUUUUUUUUUAUUUCACUCAGUAACAGUUUCUUUGGAUCUUUUUUUUCUGAGAAUUUUUUACCUUAAAAGCACACGUUUUACACUGCAAGACAUAACAAUGGAAUUCAAGCAUUUGCAGAUACAUGUAUAUGUGGGCAUUCUUUUUUCGAGUGAUGAUACAGUAUGAGGCAAAUAAUUUUCCAUAUUUAAUAGUGCUGGGAAAAAAAUACUUUAUAAGAAUAGACCAUUUUUUUAUGCAGUUGGCUGGCAUGAAUUUCAAGCAGUUUUUUUUUUUAAUUUAUUUUUUAACACAAUGCAAUAAACAUAAGCAUAAAGAAAAAUUACCUGAAGUGAAUUCUUUAGUUAUAUACAUCAGCUAUCAGUAAUUCAUAUGAAAAUUUGUAAGUUGAUCCUUUAUGUUAUGAACUUUUUUUUUACAUUAUCAAAGUCAAAAAAACUUUUUUCUUGUGGCGUUUUUCUUUUUUGUUAAUUUGCAAAUUUCUUCAGAAUUUUACUGAUACAGGCAUUCUUAUUAAAUAAAAUGUUUGUUGGUUGUGUUAAUUAUGAAUAAAUAUUAAUCCCCA